AUGGUAAGCAGGUUCAAGAAAUGCACAGAGUCCAGCUCAUUCCGGUCCCGCUACGACAUAUAUGCUAUCACCGUCAAACGCUUAAUCAAAUACAAUCGACUCUCCAUGAUCAACGAGAUCCUUGACCACCAAAAGAACUUCCCUGAUAUGACAAAUGAGACCUUCACUGCGCAUCUCAUUUACUUGUAUGGGAAAGCCGGCAUGUUUGAUGACGCCCGCAAACUGUUUGAUGAAAUGCCCGAUUUAAAAUGCCCUCGCACAGUUUUCUCAUUUAAUGCCUUGCUAUUGGCGUGUAUUAAUGCACGCAGGUUUGAUGAGAUUAAAAAACUUCUUGCAGAUUUUAGAUCUGAGUUGGGAAUAACUUUUGACGUAGUUUCUUACAGUAUUGCUAUUAAUGGCUUCUGCAAGAUGGGUGAUUUGGUGUCCGCUGAAAUGGUGUUUGAUGAAAUGAUAAAGAGUGAUGUAGAGCCGAACUUGAUCACGUUUAAUACGCUUUUAAAUGGGUUUUAUUUGAAUGGCAAGUUUGCUGACGGAGAGAGGAUUUGGAGUCGCAUGGUGGAAAUGAAUGUUGUGCCUGAUGUAAGAAGUUAUAAUGCAAAGUUGCAUGCUUUGGCGUUGGAGAACAGAAUGAAAGAAGCUACUGAAGUAGUUGAGGAAAUGAGAGAUAAGGGGCUUGAGCUAGAUGUGUUUAGCUUCAAUGCUUUGAUUAGAGGAUUUCUUAAUGGUGAGGAUUUGGAAGAAGCUAAGCAGUGGUAUGGUGAGAUGAGGAGCCAUGGUUGCGAGCCGAACAGGGUGACUUUUCAGUUUUUGAUUCCCUUUCUUUGCGAGAAGGGUGAUGUUGGUUUUGCUGUUGAGAUUUGUGAGGAAAUUUUUGACAAGAAGUGGCAUGCAAGAGCAGAAGUAUUGCAGCUUGUGGUGGAUAGAUUGGUUAUGGAGGCUAAGAUCCAAGAUGCAGAAAAGCUCGUGCAAGAUGGAAAGAAACACAAAUAUGAACUUCUCAUGCCUUGA